AUGAUAGUGCUUGAUCAGUACGGGAGUAACGAUAACUCCUCGUCUGCAGCCCCGAUCACCGGCCACGUAAUACAAUCGCUUCAUGCCGUGAUGCCCAUCCUUCUCGAUACCAUCGUCAUCGUCAUGAUGGCACACGUCCCGUGGCCUGUCCGGGGUCUCGUCACCAUUACCUUGUUUGGCAGUAUGGCCACCCAGCCUCUGCUGGACCUCCACCCUUGCAAGGUCGCAUACAUCAUACCACGGCCCAUGGCUUCGGUCCUGAGCGUGGCCGGUCCGUCCGCCAUGACCCAUAACCUCCGUGCUCGGAUGGAAUCAGACGUUGCGGCCCUGAGAAGCUGCCACAGGUGCGGCUUGUUGCGCGCAGGUCCAGUCUCCUGGGUCGGUCGGGUCUGCUCAGCGACCCCUUCUACCGGGGGAUGA